AGUCAGUCGUUAAAAACCAUUCUCAAAGACCAUGAAAAUGUUCAACCUCUGGUUAGCCCUCGCCGCAGCGAAAUGGAUGAAUCGUUCAUUGGGAAGACAGGAGGAGAAAUAUUUCAUGAGAUGAUGAUUAGACAUGAUGUGAAGCAUAUCUUCGGCUACCCUGGAGGCGCCAUUCUCCCUGUGUUCGAUGCCAUUUACAACUCAGACCAAUUCGAUUUUAUCCUUCCAAGGCACGAGCAAGGUGCUGGACACAUGGCUGAAGGGUAUGCCCGGGCUUCUGGAAAGCCUGGGGUGGUUCUUGUCACUUCUGGACCGGGCGCCACCAACCUUAUCACUCCAAUGGCCGAUGCUAUGGCUGAUGGAACUCCAAUGGUCGUUUUCUCCGGCCAGGUUGCCACGAGCGUGAUAGGCAGUGAUGCUUUUCAAGAGGCUGAUAUUGUUGGUAUGUCCAGGGGCUGUACCAAAUGGAACGUCAUGGUCAAAAGCGUUGCCGAAUUACCCAGGAGAAUAAACGAGGCUUUCAAGAUCGCCACCACUGGAAGACAUGGGCCAGUACUUGUCGAUCUCCCCAAAGAUAUCACGGCCGGAAUCUUGAAACAUGCUAUUGCUACGAAGUCGACUCUUCCACAAACAUCUAGUGCUGUGAUUAGGCGUGGAGCCUCUGAGUUCAAUAAGACUCAGCUGGACCAGUGUAUCCAGACUGUGGCCAAUCUCAUUAACAUUGCGAAAAAGCCCAUCAUUUACGCCGGCCAAGGUAUUAUUUGCUCUGAGGAUGGACCCGAAAUGCUCAGAGCCCUCGCCGACAGAAGCUCCAUCCCAGUAACGACUACUUUGCAUGGCCUUGGUGCUUUCGAUGAGCUAGAUCAAAAGUCCCUCCAUAUGCUUGGGAUGCACGGAUCAGCCUAUGCCAAUAUGGCCAUACAGGAAGCGGAUCUCAUAAUUGCACUUGGUGGCCGCUUUGACGAUCGUGUGACUGGGAAUAUUGCCAAAUUUGCCCCGGGAGCCAGGGCAGCAGCUGUUGAGGGCCACGGAGGCAUUGUCCAUUUUGAGAUCAUGCCAAAAAAUGUUAAUAAAGUAGUCCAAGCAACCGAAUCUGUGGUGGGCGACGUUGCAACCAACCUCAAGGUCCUUUUGCCCAAAAUUAAGGCUAGGUCGAUGGCAGAUCGACAAGCAUGGUUUGGCCAGAUUGAUGCCUGGAAGAAAAAAUGGCCCUUUCACUACGGGCGGACCGAGAGAGCUGGGCUGAUCAAGCCUCAGACUAUAGUGGAGGAAUUGAGUAAGCUCACAGCUGAUCGAAAACAGCAAACAAUUAUCGCCACGGGUGUAGGUCAACAUCAGAUGUGGGUAGCCCAGCACUUCCGCUUCAGAUUUCCCCGCACUUUAAUUACAUCAGGCGGCCUAGGGACAAUGGGAUACGGCCUGCCAGCGGCUAUCGGUGCUAAAGUGGCACGGCCUGAUGCACUCGUUGUCGAUAUUGACGGUGACGCUUCGUUCUGUAUGACUUUGACCGAGCUAUCAACGGCUGCACAGUUCAACAUCGGUGUCAAAGUCAUCGUGCUCAAUAACGAGGAACAAGGUAUGGUAACCCAAUGGCAGAAUUUGUUUUAUGAAGACCGCUACGCCCACACGCACCAUAAGAACCCCGACUUUAUGAAGCUUGCCGACGCAAUGGGUGUUGAACACAGGCGGGUAGUGAAACCCCAAGAGGUUGUUGAGAGCCUCAAGUGGUUGAUUAAUACCGAAGGUCCUGCCUUGUUGGAGGUAGUCACGGACAAGAAAGUAUUAGUGCUACCUAUGGUCCCGACAGGAGCAGCCCUACACGAGUUUAUUACAUGGGAUAGCGCUACGGACAAGAGGCGGAGUGCGUUGAUGCAGGAGCGUACAUGCGGCCUUCAUGGCUAAGGAGUGC